AUCCUAAUCAAACUAUGUUCCGUCUUGUGUUUUAGUAAGGAAAUUUUCAGUUUAUAUCGAGGUAGAUUUCGUAUGUGUCGUAUACAAUGUGCGUAGGUAACAUUUUUUACAGGCCACAAAAUUAUCUAAGAUACAUCAAUCUCAUACCAAAGAUAACUUAGUUACGUUUCUUUAUUCCAUAGAAAUAUUUUUACAUCUGUAUCAGAGUGUCGUUUUGUUGAAUUGCGCCGUGGAUUAUUUAUUUACAACAUGUAAGGAAACAGUGCAGUGAACUCUUAUUGAUUAUGAAGAAACUUCUGACCAGUCGUACAAUUUCAAUAAAGUCAAUAUAUAAUGCAACUAUUACAAAACAAUUGAGUUCGUCAGAGGGCAUCAAUUUUACAACAUAUUCGCACACAAGAUGAGUUAUCAGCAUAAUUGUUUUUUUUUUCAAAAUGUUAAUGCAUUUCUUAAUCAAAAUACAAGUUGUUAUACUAAAAAUAUGACAUGACUGCCUUUUUGACUUUGCGAGUAGAAUAAACACAUUCUAGCAUGUACAUUUUGCAUGAAUAUAUGAAAUGAAACAAAUAAAUUAUCUUUUUUUUGCAUUUUGUUCUUUGUAGAGCGAUUUUCAAAAUCUUCGUUGGUAUUUAUAAAAGAGCAGAUCCAAGUAUUACAUAUACGCGACGAUUUACGUUUUUCUAUUUUCGAAGGUCAGUAAACUAAUUAGAUCUCGAAAUCUCUUUAGUUUACUUAUACAGUAUGCAACUUAGAACUUGUCCUAUCUAUAUCUCGAUGAUUAACUGAAUAACGUUUUCAAAGGUUAUUACCAGAAUCACCCAGAUGGCUUGUACAGCAAGGAAGAUUGGCUGAGGCGGACGCUUUAUUAAGAACAAUUGCAAUUGGAAAUAAAACUGUCAUUCCAAAUAAGUUCCAAGUAAAUACAAAGAUGGACCCGGUGCAAGCUGGGAAAAUGUGUGACUUGUUCACUAACCGAGUUCUUCUGUUCCGAACAUUGAUCAUAUUUUUCAAUUGGAUAGGUAUCAGCAUGGGAUAUUACGGACUGUCUCUCAGUACUCACAACCUCAGUGGAAACUUCUACUUGAACUUUAUACUGUCAGGAAUAACAGAAUUUAUCGCAUAUACUUUGUGUUUGGUUUUUCUGGAUAGGGUUGGUAGAAAGAAAUUUCAUGCAUCUUGUGUAAUAAUUGGUGGAUUUGCCUGCUUAUCAACUAUAUUUACUAUGUUGUAUGCCGAAGAAAGUUUGCAACCGAUCACGGUAGCACUAUCCAUGUUUGGAAAGACAGGCAUUGCUGCGUCAUUCGCUUGUAUUUAUGUUUGGGCGGCAGAACUGUAUCCAACCGUGGUCAGAAACACUGGAAUCGGCAUAGGUUGUUCUUUUGGGAAUAUUGGAGCUAUGAUAUCCCCAUAUAUAGCUGAUAUUAAUAAACUAAUAACAGGUAACUUGGGACGUGCUUUACCGUUUGUUAUUUUUGGAAGUUUGUCCAUCUUGGCUGGAAUAUUGUCAUUAUGGUUGCCGGAGACACUUAAUCAUAAUUUACCUGAAACAAUUGAAGACGGAAUACAUUUUGGAAGGUGAUGUGUUGUUAAUGUUAGAAUUACUAGUAUUCCUUUGAAUACUGUGGGUCAGAAAUCACUUCGUUUGAAUGUUGUGCAUUACACGUCUGAAACACCGGAGAGAGGAAAGCUACAGAAUUGAAAUUGUAAUGCUACUUAUUCUGUAGCAAGUAUAUGUUCAAUAUGCAAAAAAAAUAAUCUUUUAUUCAAUUCCAAAAGAAAAUAUUGUAGGAAAUCACUGGGUAUUUCUGACUAAUUAAUUGCCCUACUCUUUUCACUCAUUCUACAGCGUAAACUAACCCGGCAAUAAUAAUACAAAAAAGCUCUAUGAAAUGGAUCCAGUAGUUUCAGUUAUUGUCUUCUUU